AUGGACAGACCACAUAAAGUGACCCAGUACAAAAAGGGAAAGGACUCGCUCUCGGUCCAGGGAAAGCGACGUUAUGAUCGCAAGCAGUCUGGAUACGGUGGUCAAACUAAGCCCGUGUUCCACAAAAAGGCAAAGACGACGAAAAAGGUCGUACUAAGGCUGGAAUGCACCGUCUGCAAAUACAAGAUGCAACUCGCACUCAAGCGAUGCAAGCACUUCGAGCUCGGUGGUGACAAGAAGACCAAGGGCGCUGCUCUUACCUUCUAA